AUGCAUGUAUUCCUGCCGAUAAUAGCUAUAACGAGUACUCUAUUCAUAGGAGUGGGGGCAGGAAGUGAAGGCAGUGGUGUUUGUCCAUUCACAGAGGAUUACAUGAAGACAAGGGAUCCUUCAUACAGUGAAAGCGAUAGGAUGCUUAUCUGGGCCAUAUCUAAAUUUGCAGAAGAAAAUAGGUAUAUUAAUGGCGAAAGAAAAGCUGCUGAGUUUUUAAAAAAUAGAAGCUCUAGCAAUGAGGGCAAUAGUAGCACUGAGAGCACACCUGCAUGCAGUAUGUUCUUUGAGAACAUUAAAAACCUGUUUACUGCACCAAAUGAUGAAUACUACACUUUUAUAGCAAAUCCUUACGAAGACAUUAGAGAAACAAAACAUAGACACUGCUUUAUGCUGAAAAAUAAAGGAUACCCCCAACCCACUCCAGAAGUUCUGAUCAUUAGCUCGAGCGAGCUCUUUUUCUAUCCUGAUUAUGCACACCCAAACGAAAGCCAUUCUGCUGGUUGCUCCGAUGGCUUUAUCUACAAAGACAACCCAAUUGAAUCUAUACUUAGAUCAUGUGCUAACAGCAGUGAAAAAUCAUUCAAUGUUCUCAACUAUCAGCAUGAGAGAUAUUUAACUUAUUGCCAGACCAUUAAAGAUGUAAAAGAGGCCUAUAAUUCUUUGUAUGCUCUCUUUUUUCAGGUAGAUGUUGCAGAGAAGAGUUUCUACAGAGAGAAAAUGAAAGAGCUGUAUAAAGAAUGCAAGGAUCUGCUAAAAAAAGGAAAUACGAGCGAAAUUCUGAAAGAGCUGUCUCUGGUUGCCAAAAAGCUGUCAAAACAAACACUAUCAGGAAAAACCAAAGAGAGCGACAAACAGCUGUUUAAAUCCUUGACAGAUGCCAUGUUCAAAAAAGAAAAGAUAAAAAGUCUCUGGGAGAGCCCAUUCAUCAUAAAAAACGAUGCUGAAACUAAAAAAACACACAGCGUGUGGAUUGAGUGUAUGCCUGAAGGCGCUUCACACCCAGUGAAACAGAAGUACUCACUCUCUGAUCCCUUCUUUAUGUUCCUCGUAUCUUCAAUUUUGGAUGAAAAGAUUGUUGAUAUCUGCAACUGUGAAAAAGUAUACUUCGUAAACACCCCGCCAAAACAAUAA